UCCCACUAUUUGUUUUCACUUUUUAACCCUAUUAUUUAUAAAAAACCCAACCCAAAAAAAUAUUUACCAAAUCCAUACCAAAAAUAAAAAAAUGAAAGAGUUAUUCGAGAGAGAGAGAGAACAAGCAGGGAGAGACUGAAACCCCAGAAUCACGAUUCCAUCGCCACCGCCAUUCAUCUCCUUGCCGCCGUUGCCGCCAAGUUUCCUCCGUCAACCGUCGCCCGCUAGAGUUAUAAAUGGAGGCCAGCUCACGGAGGAAGAAGCUCAGGCUCUUUCAAGAAGACAGCUACAGAAGAAGAGUAUUCUUCAACUAUGAAAAACGUAUCCGCUUACAGAGCCCUCCAGAGAAGGUUUUUGAGUACUUUGCAUCGAUCAAAACCGUGAAUGGCGAGGUUUAUAUGACACCUGUAGAUUUGAUGCGUGCUGUUGUUCCGGUGUUCCCUCCUUCGGAAUCAAACCGUGUUAGAGAGGGCUUUCUCAGAGGGGAGCAGGUUCCUGGUACAUUGCGGUGUUAACCCUCUGAAUUCUUUAUGCUCUUUGACACUAACAAUGAUGGAGUCAUUUCUUUUCCAGAGUACAUCUUUUUUGUUACUCUCCUCAGCGUACCAGAAUCCAGCUUCACAGUCGCCUUCAAAAUGUUUGAUCUUAACAAUAAUGGGCAACUAAUAGAAACAAAGGAGGCAAUUGAACGUCAGCGCAAAUUAUUCAAGAAAAAAAAAACCGGUAUUAUCCUAUUACCCCUUCUUUAUUUAAUCCAUUGUUUCCUAAAGUUGGAGGGGAGGGCUUGACCGCUUGAGUGGAUCAAAUUUAGGGUUGUUUUUCAUUUUACCAUUUUCCAUUCUCCUUCUUUCUUAUACGUACUAGUUAUAUAAACAUAUGAUGGCUAUGUGUCAAUCAAGGCAUUUAGUACUUUGUAUUUAUUGACAUCUAAUGGCUUUCAUUGUGUAUUCACUUUCUAGAUAUAUAAAUAAUAACUAAUAUUAUGCUCCUUUUGACAGUACAAUUAUUUGUAUAAAUAAUAACUAAUAAUGUAUUAAGUAACAUUUCAAUUAUUUGUAUGUACUUGUGUAGUUAUGAUUGAUUAAUGGGCUUAGUAAUGUAGAGUAAAUAACGGUCUCUAUUCUCAUCUCCCCUCUAAUUUUGGGUUGUAUUAUUUUUUGAGUCAAAUUGCAAUAGAGAUAGAGGAAGAGAUGAGAUCUAAUACAACAAUAAUGUUAUUGGAAAGACUAGUAGAGUGUGCAGCAGAUGGUUAGCAAAAACAGCUUGCGUUUCAUCAAAGGAGUCACCCUAAUGCUGCCCAAGAAUGCAAGCCCAAACCCCCACACCCUUAAGCACAACCAACUCUAGGUUCGUAUCCUGCAGCACCUUCGUUUCUUUCUGUUUCUAAAUUUUGAUUUGUAAGCUGAGGACACAUAUGUCCUUUCUCUUAUUUACAAUGGUUAGAGGAAUUUAUUUGUUUCGUAAUAAAGAAAUUAGAAAUUUUCAUUUAUUUGUCUUUUUCUUUUAAAAUUUAGAUAAAAAAAUAGGAAUGGUUUAUAUCUAAUAUGUCGGCUUAGGAAUUUAAUUUUUUGAAAGAAAACUCUAAUGAGUGGAUGUUAUAUUCCACAUGUUUUCCAAUUCCUUUUUUUUGGUCUUAUGGUGAUGAUGAUGCUCGUGGCAAGCACAAAAGCUUCUAUAUGACAUGUUGGAAGAGGCUAUAGAGAUAGUGAAGGAACUUGACCCUGUUCUGAAUGAUGAAGAUCCCAAGAUCAACUAGGAAGAAGAAGGAAGAGAACUUGGCAUUCGCUUGUUCAAGCAUGUUUGCCAACCAGGAAUAGUGUUUGAUCAUUUCGGUAACUCACCGAAUCAAAUAACCUCUUUUCUAGUGGCUUACUUGUCUAGGGUUUGAAAUUUUCAAUAUAUAUUUAUGGUUUCUGCAUAGGGUGUCAUCAUAUUUUCAAGUGACAGCUAGAAUGCUUUAAUCAGCCAAAUUAAUUUUAGUGCUUUAUAUAGUUGAAAUACAAUCUUUAUUUCAUCCAAUUGGGAUGCGAAUGGGUUUUUAUAUUAGUUUACUAUCCAGUUUGGUCGAGGUCAUAUUGACAGACCUUGUUUUAUAUUUCAAAUUAUUCAUGUUAAAUUUUGUUCAAAUAUGUAAUAUUUUAAUUUCCUUCUAAA